UUCACUUCCACGCUGCCAGCAGCACAUGAGGAGAGAGCAGAGACAAUCAGCUCACACCAAAGACUCCUAGCGCUUUAACAUUCACUCUCCGGACACCAGGAGACCUUCAGACAGCACAAUGACGGAAGAAAAGAUCUACAUAGACGAUGUAAAGACGUCCAACGGUGAAGCGCACAUAUCCGACCCGACCGGCGUCUCCAAUGGCUUGAGUGACCGCAAGACGAGCGCGCCGGAGACCACCGGGCAGAAGCUGAAACGGAUCGCCAUGGCCAAUCUGCUGGUCAUCCUGACGGUGUCAGCGGUCAUCAUCGGCGUGUUCAUCGGGCUCGGCGUGCGCAGCGCCGGGAUGAGCCGCACUCAGAUCAUUUACUUCGGGUUCCCCGGUGAGCUGCUCAUCCGCCUGCUCAAAAUGAUCAUUAUUCCUCUGGUGGUCUGUAGUCUGGUGUCCGGGGCUGCCAGCAUUGACCCCAAAGCCCUGGGCAAGUUGGGCGGCUGGGCGAUGCUCUUCUUCCUGGUGACCACUCUGCUCGCGUCUACUGUCGGCGUUAUUAUGGCUUUCAUUAUACAGCCUGGUGCCAAUGACGGGAAAAAACUAUCCAUCAACUCACUGGAUGACAGCGGUGUUCCCGAGGCCAAAGAAGUCAUCGAUUCGUUUUUAGACUUAAUAAGAAAUAUCUUCCCGUCUAACCUGGUAUCAGCUGCCUUUCAGUCGUAUGCCACGGGUUACAAGAUUGUAAAGAAUGAAAGCAACUCGACCAUCUACUCCUUGGAAAAGGUUCCAGUUGGCACAGAUGUGGAUGGCAUGAACAUCCUGGGUCUCAUCGUGUUUGCUAUGGUAUUUGGGGUGGCCUUGAGGAAACUUGGAGAGGAAGGAGAGAUCCUUAUUAAGUUCUUCAACUCUUUCAACGAGGCCACCAUGGUAUUGGUCUCCUGGAUCAUGUGGUACGCACCACUGGGUAUCAUGUUCCUGGUUGCCGCUAAGAUUGUGGAAAUGGAGGAUGUUGGCAUGCUGUUCGCCAGCCUCGGGAAGUACAUUGCAUGUUGUGUCAUUGGCCACGCCAUCCACGGUCUCCUCAUCCUCCCGCUCAUUUACUUUGUGAUUACACGGAAGAACCCCUACACUUUUUUGCUGGGAUUGGUCACCGCUUUGGCUACUGCUUUUGGAACCUCCUCUAGCUCCGCCACGUUGCCCCUAAUGAUGAAAUGUGUGGAGGAGAACAACGGUGUGUCUAAGCACAUCAGCCGCUUCAUCCUGCCCAUCGGAGCCACAGUCAACAUGGACGGAGCCGCCUUAUUCCAGUGUGUUGCUGCGGUGUUCAUCGCUCAGCUUAACGGAAUCCCGCUGAACUUCGUCCAGGUCAUCACCAUCCUCGUGACUGCGACAGCAUCGAGUGUGGGAGCUGCUGGGAUCCCUGCUGGAGGAGUGCUGACGCUGGCCAUUAUUUUAGAAUCAGUGGGGCUGCCCACCAGCGAUCUGUCUCUCAUCUUGGCUGUGGACUGGCUCGUCGAUCGCACUUGCACCGUCAUCAAUGUGGAAGGUGACGCCUACGGAGCAGGUCUUCUGCAGUUUUUCGUGGAUCGUACCAGUAAAAAAGAGGGGGCGGAGCUAAGUAAGGUGCGAGUGGAGGAAGAAGACCCCGCCUCGAAGCCAGAAAGCUCUCCGCUCAUUGAGAAACAGGGAAACUUUGAACUGGAAGAGGUCGUUGGACCUAAACCCCGUGACCAUGAGUCCGCCAUGUAGAUUUGCACAGUAUUUGAAGAAACUUUCCUUCCCUACCUGCCUGAUCUCACUAAAUCAGUCUCUGCAUCUACGCGGUGACCAUGGGAGAGAUGCCGGUUUUCGAUUAAGACAGGACACAGACUAUAUGUUUUUGGCCCUCCUCUAAGCCCAGCUCUUUAUGAAAAGAGUCUGCCAAAACUUGCGCACA